UUACAAGUCUUAAAAUAAUUGGGAGUUAAACACGAAAAAGGAAAAUACAACCAAACGGUUAGCGAAGAUCAAACGAUCCAUAUCUCUAUAGCUAACGCGACGUUCAGAGAUCCUUAGUUCGUCGAUUCGGCACCCGGUUCCUAAAGUGGAACACGGCGGAGGAUGGCGAAAAUAAGGGUUUCGACCUUGCUAUUGCUAGCUUUGUUCAUUGGACUCGCAAAAUCUCAGAUAACAGCGCCUGGAGUUCUCCUUCAACUUGGGGAUGUUGCUGUUAUCUCACCUGCAGAGGCACAAAAAGGUGAAAAGGGAGUAAAAGGAGGUCGUGGACCACCAGGUGAUGACGGAACAGCUGGAGCAAACGGAGGAGUAGGACCUCAAGGACCCGAGGGAGAAGAAGGAUUUGAAGGUGACGAAGGGGAUGAAGGACCACAAGGACCCCCAGGACCACCAGGUCGUCCAGGAGGAAAUCAGACUGCUAUCGUUGUUGUAUAUGGACCACCUGGACCAAACGGACCAAUCGGUCCGCCAGGAAGAACAGGACCUAAGGGAUACAUUGGUGAAACUGGCGAACCUGGAAGUCCUGGCGAUUCUGGACCAAGGGGUGAACCUGGAGUGGUUGGUCCAAAAGGAACUGCCGGAAAAGAUGGAGUUAAUGGACCCAAAGGCGAAACCGGAAGUGUUGGACCAAGUGGAGCUACUGGUCUUCCUGGCCUUCCAGGACCUUCUGGACAACGUGGUGCUAAAGGAUCCAAAGGAGAAUCAGGAGAGAUAGGUAAUAAAGGCGCGAAAGGUGAUGCAGGACGAAAUGGAGAAGAGGGUGAUUCUGGCCUACCAGGAACAAAAGGUGAACCGGGGUCAAGAGGUCCAAACGGGACAGUUGGUUUUGCAGGACCUGACGGACAAGAGGGGCCAAUGGGUCCUCUUGGAGACGCUGGGCCAGAAGGAAAUAAGGGACCUAGAGGACCGAGAGGUCCUGAUGGACCGCCUGGUGUUGCUGGACCACCCGGAGAGAGCGGAGCUACUGGACCGAGCGGGCCAACUGGGCAACCUGGAAAAAGAGGUGAGCCUGGUUAUCAAGGUGCACGGGGUGCCUCUGGAGAUCGUGGGCCGACAGGUCCUACUGGCCAGGACGGGGGCGACGGUGCUGCUGGUGGGCGUGGUCAACCUGGACCACCUGGUAUGCCUGGAUCAUCUGGACCAGCAGGUCCACGUGGAGAAAAUGGUAAACCUGGACAGAGAGGUUUAAGAGGACAACAAGGAGAACAAGGAGGUCCGGGUUUACAAGGAUCUGUUGGAGAGCGAGGAGAUAAAGGACCAAGAGGGUUAGCAGGACAACCUGGUAUAUCUGGACCCCCUGGAGAAAGCGGAGUUGAUGGUAGACCGGGACCAGCAGGUCCACCAGGUAAUCCUGGUCAAAGGGGAACCUCUGGUAUGCCAGGUUCUCCAGGACUGCCAGGAUUUCCUGGGAUUAAAGGUCAUGUGGGACCAAGAGGUUUCAGGGGAAAAUUUGGAGAAAAAGGAACUCGUGGUGAAACUGGUAGAACUGGUCAACGUGGUAUUCCUGGUCCUCGUGGUCCACCUGGAGACCCUGGUUUAGCUGGUCCCGACGGAAAAAAUGGGGAAAGAGGUCAACCCGGAAAAGAUGGAAUACCUGGAUCACCUGGCCAGUCUGGGCCUCGAGGUAUUCCUGGCAGACAAGGCUUAGCUGGUGAAAGAGGUGACAAGGGUGCAAAAGGGCGUCAAGGGGAUCCCGGAUUUGAUGGUACCCCUGGAGAGCAAGGAGAAGUAGGACCUAACGGUGACCAAGGAUUACCUGGACCAAGAGGGAGAAAAGGAGACCAAGGGGAUCCUGGAGAUCAAGGUGCACGUGGUGCAGCUGGUUUAACUGGUCCGCAAGGAGCAGCAGGACCACGAGGAAGGCAAGGAAGACGUGGAAAAGCUGGUAACCCAGGUGAGAGAGGAAAUGAUGGUUUACCUGGAAGACCUGGUGAACGUGGAUUCCCGGGAGAGCAAGGAAAUCCUGGUGCUCCUGGAUCGCCUGGAAUUUCUGGACGAAAGGGACCUGCUGGUCAACCUGGCCAAAAAGGUUCUCAAGGUGAUCCUGGUACGCCAGGUGAGGUUGGAUCCCCUGGAGCAGUUGGAAGACCUGGAGUAUCUGGAGAACAAGGAGCUCCUGGAGCCCAAGGAGAUCAAGGAGAAGUGGGAGAACCCGGAGAUCGAGGAAGAGAUGGUCAACCAGGUUUAAGAGGAUCAAUGGGACCUCGUGGUCCUGUAGGCCCUAGGGGUAAUCCCGGACAACGUGGAGACUCUGGAAUACCUGGAGAUGAUGGCAAACCAGGAGCCUCUGGAGCACCAGGUCCAGCCGGACUUGGAGGAGAACCUGGACAACCCGGACAACGAGGUGGUAUGGGAAGUCCUGGGAUAUCAGGAGCACCUGGAGAUGUUGGUGCUAAAGGUUUAAAAGGUAACAGAGGAAAACGUGGCAAAACAGGAAGUGCUGGAAGAGUAGGAGAUAAUGGAGUAAAAGGGCCUCGAGGACCAAAAGGCUUAAGAGGUCAAUCUGGAAGACAGGGAAUACCCGGUUUACCCGGUAAUACUGGCGUUCCUGGACCUGUAGGUCUUUUAGGCGAACAAGGUCCUUCAGGACCACCAGGGGCUGUUGGAAAACCAGGACCCAAAGGAGACAAAGGACGAAGUGGACCUGAUGGUCGCCCAGGUACUAAUGGUCGACCAGGACCCGAUGGAUCGAAUGGUCUGGACGGACGUUCUGGAAAAGAUGGAAGUCGUGGUGUGCAAGGGAACCCAGGACCAAGAGGAAAGCAGGGUCUAGCCGGAUUUGUUGGAGGUUCUGGUGCGCCAGGCGUUCCAGGACGAAGAGGACAAAGAGGACCAACGGGGGAGAAAGGUGCUGAUGGUAAAAAUGGAGUUGAUGGAGAACCUGGUGAUGAAGGUCCACAAGGACCACAGGGAGCACAGGGUGAAUCCGGUUCUGACGGGGCUGACGGUAUUCCAGGACGAAAUGGAAGUCCUGGUUUAACUGGACUAAGAGGCGAUAAAGGUGAACGUGGAUCAGCGGGUCUAAAAGGCAAGAAAGGUGACAAGGGACAAACAGGCCCCGAUGGCCCACCAGGUGCACGUGGAGAUAGGGGGUCAACUGGAGCAUCAGGAGCAGAUGGAGACAAAGGAGACGAUGGAAGCAAGGGGGAGGCUGGACUACCAGGUCCUUUGGGGGCUAAUGGUGAUCGUGGGGAUACUGGCAAGAGAGGAGAAAAAGGUGAUAUUGGCUUUAUGGGAUUUAAAGGAAAAAAAGGUCCAAGAGGCUCAAAAGGAACCAGAGGAUUGCCUGGGUAUAUGGGAGAACAAGGGGAUCUUGGCCCUAAAGGAAGACAAGGUCCAACAGGACCGAAUGGGCCAGCUGGAGUUUCAGGGCCAAUGGGACCACCUGGAGUUAAAGGACCAACUGGUGAUCCAGGACCAAAGGGUUACAGUGGAAAAGAUGGACGGCAAGGUCCACCUGGACCUCCUGGGCCACCGGGUCUCACUGGACCUGCAGUGCUUCCACCGUGGUUGGGAGGUGGAUUGGCAGAAGGAGAAACGAAAGGACCAGAUGAGGAGACAGGUCCUGAAGAACCAGGACCAAACCCAGAAGAACCUACACCAAAUAUCAAUCCUUUUUUCCAAGUAUAUAAAUAUUACUCAAGCGACACGAAGAAAACAAAUCCUACCGAUAAAGAUCUUGAUCAUCUUGAAAAAAAAUUUGCUGAGAAAGUACAAAAGUUAAAAUCUGAAGUUGCAAAAUUAGAAAAACCGGACGGAUCUGAGUCGUAUCCGGCACGCACCUGCAAAGACAUUCAUGCCUUCCAUCCAACAUUCAAAUCUGGCAUGUAUUGGAUCGAUCCUAACAAGGGAUGCAAAGAAGAUAAGAUCAGAGUUCAUUGCAACUUUAACAUAACCGAUGAGGAGGAUAUGGUAACAACAUGUGUCUAUCCACAAAACAAAAUGACUAUCGAAAAGGCAAGCUGGGGAAGUAAACUGUUAACAAAAGCGCAAAAGUGGUUCGACGAGGAUCAUGAGCUUGGAAAGCUUGCUUAUUCAGCAGAAUUAUCUCAACUUACUUACCUCGGAUACUUAAGUAAAGAAGCCUUCCAAAACGUCACCAUCCAUUGCCAGAAGUCGAUUGCGUGGUUUGAUCGACAGAACAACAACUACAAGAAAUCCUUAAAAUUUAAAGGUACUGACGAACAAGAAUUUAAAUACAUUCCAAAGGACGCUAACGAUGAUGAGUCUAAAUUCUCUCCCGAAGUCCUAAAGGACGAUUGUGCUUUCCUCUCGUCAGCAUGGAAGGAAACAGUACUUCGCUUCAGUAGCAAGAAGUUUAUUAGACUUCCUAUUGUCGAUAUGGCACCGUGGUACAACAGUGAUGCCAAGUCGCAGUUUGGACUAGAGUUGGGUCCAGUAUGUUUCAUGUAGGACUACAAAUAGCAAGAUAAGACAAUUACCCUAGUGACGUAAUCACUAGUAUUUUAACACUCUUUUUAAAGUGUUUAUAGUUAGAUCCUGAUUUUGUAAAUUUUUGGUACAUUGCUUGAUUGUACGCCAUUCCCCUGCGCUUUCCCCCUUUUAGUCGGUUCCCUAAUGCGUGCGCGCGUGCGAAAAAAAUAAUAAAAAUAUAAAAAUCUGAAAA